GCUGCUCUGGCGGCCCCACCCGACAGUCGAACGAGGAGCCGCACCACGAAACCGCGAUAUCGACGCGCUCGCUUCCUUCCGGCACCUUCCAAGUUUCUCUUCUCUGUUCUCCGCGGCGGCGAUGGCGACGGCAGCGAGCUCCGGCGGAGUCCCCGACCAUCUCUUUGUAUCGGUGAAGUUAGAGAGCCCCCGCCUAGCGGCGCUCGUCUUCGCCCCUCACCUCUUCGGCUCCCACCCCGUCGCCGGCUCCUGGGACCCUUCCAAAGCACUGCCGAUGGAGCGGGUGGCAGCCUCCAUUUGGGAGCUCAGCUGUGUCCUCCCUUCUCAACACGAAACAUUGGAUUUCAAGUUAGUAUUAAAACCAAAAGGGGAUAGCUCAGAGUGCAUUGUUGAGGAGGGCCCAAACCGACAGCUAUGCUGCGGGAGUAACAAAGUGGAAAUGACGGGUGCAGUGUUUAAACUCAGUGAGAAGGAUGAGCUUGAGUGUAAGGUUUGGGUCGAGACAGAAAUGUUGUCCCCAUUUGACCUGGCUGCUAGUUGGAGGGCUCAUCAGGAGAAUCUUCAGCCCUCAAAGGUACGAGGGACCUAUGAUGUCGUUAUGAAUGCUGAGACUGAAUCCAGGACCAAGAAUGGCUUCGCUUCUGGUUUGGAGCUUGAUUUAGAGAAGUAUGUAGUUCCAACACCCAACAUGGGUGCAGGUGUUGUUUAUGCAGCUAACUUGACUGAAAAUCCCCGCUCUUUACUGGACCAUGGGGUUUCCUCAAACAAUGAUACCACAAAGGGCACUUUGCAGAACUUGAUCAAAGGCGAUGAUGCGCCCCCGAAUCACUAUGCUAAUACAGAGAAGGGUGUAGAUGGAAGACAUGCACCGUCACAGGAAGAACCAAGGGCAGUCUUUGUUGAUAGAGGUGUUGGCUCACCAAGGUUGUCCAGACCAACAAAUGAAACUAUUUCAAUGGGCAACAUCAAGCAGGAGUUUGAAGCUAAGGGCAUGCCAGCAGCCGAAGGAGCUGUUGCAGCAGCAGCUGUAGCUGAUCAGAUGUAUGGGCCAAAAGAGGACCGCAAGUUGGUUAUUGUGCUGGUUGGGCUGCCAGCUCGUGGUAAGACCUUUACAGCAGCUAAGCUUACGAGAUAUCUUCGAUGGUUAGGUCAUGAAACGAAACACUUCAAUGUUGGAAAGUACCGUCGGCUCAAGCAUGGCACCAGUCAGACUGCUGAUUUCUUUCGUGGAGAUAACAAGGAGGGUGUGGAGGCACGUAAUGAGGUGGCAGCGUUAGCAAUGGAAGAUAUGCUAUCCUGGAUGGUGGAAGGUGGCCAAGUUGGUAUUUGUGAUGCCACAAACAGCACAAGAAGUCGGAGGAACAUGCUGAUGAAAAUGGCUGAAGGAAAAUGUAAGAUCAUCUUUGUGGAAACAAUAUGUAAUGACCAGGAUGUUCUAGAGAGAAAUAUACGCUUGAAAGUUCAACAAAGUCCUGAUUAUGCGGAGCAAACGGAUUUUGAAGCUGGUGUACGAGAUUUCAAAGAGCGAUUGGCCUAUUAUGAAAAGGUCUAUGAACCAGUGGAAGAAGGCUCAUACAUAAAAAUGAUAGAUAUGGUUAGUGGUAAUGGGGGCCAGUUACAGAUCAACGAUAUAAGUGGUUACUUGCCUGGACGGAUUGUUUUCUUCUUGGUGAACUGUCAUCUCACACCUCGUCCUAUCCUGCUAACUCGGCAUGGUGAAAGUUUAGAUAAUGUCAGAGGAAGAAUCGGUGGAGAUUCAUCUUUGAGUGAGGCCGGGGGUGUUUAUUCAAGGAAGCUUGCAAGCUUUGUAGAGAAGCGAUUGAAGUCUGAGAGAACUGCCUCUAUAUGGACUAGCACACUCCAGAGGACAAUAUUAACAGCACAUCCAAUCAUCGGAUUUCCUAAGAUCCAAUGGCGUGCGCUUGAUGAGAUUAAUGCUGGUGUCUGUGAUGGAAUGACAUAUGAUGAAGUAAAGAAAAAUAAACCUGAAGAAUAUGAAUCACGUCGCAAAGACAAGCUGAGGUAUCGUUAUCCUAGAGGAGAAUCCUACCUCGAUGUCAUACAGAGACUAGAACCUGUAAUAAUUGAGCUUGAAAGGCAGCGUGCCCCAGUGGUAGUCAUAGCUCACCAGGCUGUCUUGAGAGCACUAUAUGCGUAUUUUGCGGACAAACCACUGGAGGAAGUCCCUAAGAUUGAAAUACCUCUGCAUACAAUUAUUGAGAUACAAAUGGGUGUUUCUGGUGUUGAAGAGAAAAGAUACAAACUCAUGGACGCAGUGAAUCCCACUGCAGAGAUCUAAGGCGUUGUGCUUAUUGGAGUUUGUCUUUUGGAAGCAAAACUGCAUAAAUAAAUAUUCUGGUGAUAUUUUUUUUCUGAAAAAAAGUCUGUAGAUGAUUCUGAAAUGUAUUAGUGUAUACUAGCAAUCAAAAGUAAAGCUAUGGUGCAAAGGUCAGGUUUAGCUGAAAGAUUAUUUGACUUCCCAAAUUUUAGGUUGGUGCUCAGUAAUGCGUUCAGAAUUUCAAUACAAAUGGAUUCAAUCUUUGUGAGUUAUAAUUUUUAUUUAAUUCAGGAUUUUCAUGUAGCGCCC